UGUUGAUUUAAUCAAUUAAGACUGAAAAGGGUGUGACUGUAGAAAAUUGUUAGACAUCUAUACAUUCACAGACUUGUUGUAUACAUAACCAUCCAUUCAUCUAUCAUAUUAAUAAUUGACAAUGCUUCGUGGUUCAGGUGUCCGUUCUAUUAAGAACUUUACAUGUCGUCGUUUACUUUCUAGUGCCAAUGGUCCAACUAAAUAUACUUCAUUAAGUAAUGGUAUUACUAUUGCCAGUGAAAUUAAUCCCAAUGCUACUUCUUCAACUGUAGCUGCUUAUAUUGGUGCUGGUACUAGAGCUGAACAUCAAUAUAAUAAUGGUAUUUCUGCUUUAACUACUAAUAUUUUAGCUUCUGGUUAUGAAAAUGGUGUCCUUUUAUCUUCUGAUAAUUCUAAAGAAGCUAAUGGUAUUAUUGCUCAAACUACUAAUGAUAAUGUUGUUGAAGCUGGUAAAACCAUUGCUAAAAUCCUUUCAAAUCCAACUGCUAUUUUAGAAAAGGCUGAUUAUGGAGUUGCUAAGGCUAAAUUAAUUUCAAUUGCUGAAGCUAUUGAAUCAAAUCCUUCAACUAAAGUUUUAGAACAUUUAGAUGCUUCUGCUUUCCAAGGUUAUUCCUUAGGUUUACCAACUUUUGGUACUACUGACUCUAUUAAGGAUUUACAAUUGGAAGAUUCUCAAAGAUUAUUAGAAAAAUAUUUAGUUGGUUCAAACGUUGUUAUUGCUGCUUCUGGUAACUUUGAUCAUGAUGCUUUAGCUGAUGCUAUUGAAUCUUCUUUAAAAGUUCAACAAGCUGCUAAACCAAUUGUUAAGACUGCUUCUUUCUUAGGUUCUGAAGUCAGAAUGAGAGAUGAUACUUUACCAAAGGCUUAUGUUUCUAUUGCUGCUCAAGGUGAAGGUCUUUCAUCCCCAGCUUAUUACGUUUCUAAAGUUGCUGCUGCAAUCUUUGGUGACUUUGAUCAUCAUUCUUCCAUUGCUCCUUAUACCAGUGCUAAAUUAGCUAGUCUUGUUCAAGAAUAUCAUAUUGUUGAUAAAUAUACUCACUUUUCAAGAUCUUAUGCUGAUACUGGUUUAUGGGGUUUCAAUGCUGAAAUCUCAAAUAUCGGAGCUGUUGAUGAAUUUGUUCACUUCAUAUUAAAGGACUGGAAUAGAUUAUCUAUUUCAAUUUCUAAUGCUGAAGUUGCCAGAGGUAAAGCUGCUGCUAAGACUGCCUUAUUAAGAGAAUUAAGCUCUACCAAUGCUAUUGUUGCCGAUAUUGGUACCAAGAUCUUAUUAUCAGGAUACAGAAACUCUGUUAAGGAAGCCUUAGAAAAGAUUGAUGCUGUCACUACUGCCGAUGUUAAGGCUUGGGGUCAAGCUUCCUUAUGGGAUAAGGAUAUCGUCAUCUCUGCCACUGGUCAAAUCGAAGCAUUAAUGGAUUACGGUAGAAACAGAAAUGAAAUGGCUAUGAUGAGAUGGUAAUCAAUUCAGUAAUAUUCAACCCAUUUUUACUUCUUUUGCAUCCAAUAUUAUAAUCAUAAUCAUUUGAAGUCUUAUCUAGAUUUCUUUAAAUAGACCCAAUAGGCUUCAAUAUAUUCACCAAGUACAUUAGUUUUUAAAUAGUCUUUUAUUUAUUCCUUAUUUAAAUAAAAACCCACCUCAAUACUUUCCCUACUCCUCACCCCUUCUCGAUUAUUAUUUUUAUAAUUCCUUCUUAUCUAUGUUAUAGCAUUUAUUUUCUUAAUACAAAAUUUAUUAUAUAUAA